UUCCCAUAUUUCCUAUUCUUUAAUCAUAUACAAGGUAGCAAACUAUAUCCCAGCUGAAUCACUCCUUUUCUACAGCACUAUAUCAUAACUCAUAGUUGCUGAUUAUAUUACCAACCAAUCGCUUUUAAUUCAUCUUGUCCCCGUCAGUUCGCAUCAGACCACCACACUGCACGAGAGCUACAAAUUACUGUAUCAACGAACUCCACCACAGCUAGCUCAAAAGAUCCUUAUAUUUUCCCAUCAUCUUCUCUCCCAACAUUUAACCUAGGUGCGACUACUUCUGGCCGCCCAUCCUGGGGACAUGGCACCCAUCGACCGCAAAGCUACUCUCGCUUUGGAGGAAGACAUCAUCAGGCUUGGAGAGGCAGCACACGACCCCGAGCUAUCGAAAGAAGAAGCCGAAGCAGGGAUCCAGGAAUUUGAUACUUUUCUCGAAAGAACGGCUGCGUAUGUUCUCCUCCCGGCUCUCGUCUCACUUGUCAAACCUGACAGGGUGAAGCCAUGGCUUCAUCCUCAUAUUUCUCGUGCGCUAUCGUUUCUCCCACUCCGACCAAGAGGUGUCCGUAGCACAAUCGAAUUUGUACUCUCUGUGCAUCCAACCACCGCUGCCACCGCUCAGGCGCAAGGACAGGAGGCAAGAUCCAAAGGUCCUCAAAUUUCACCAGAAGCACUCACCUCUGCUACGCAGUUGAUAUGCUCUCCGCCACAAGGCGUGACGCCAUACUACUGGUUUGAGCACCUUGCUCCCCAACUGUUCUCAUUGCUAGAUGGUAAUGGAGGGCUCGACAUGGUUAAAGUGGCAGCCUACGUAAUUGGAUAUGGUAUUCUCGGGAGGCCUCAGUUUGGCGCACCCCCAGACGCUCCAGGAUGGCAGCUCCUUGCGGAGCCCAUUCUAAGAAGUAUUGAUCCCAGUCAGGGUCGGUCUCUCGCCAAGAUCGACAGUGAAACAACAGUAGGACCGAGUAUUCUUUCUUCUCCAGCUGAGCUGGCAGAUGGGCUCCGAAGACUUGCUUCAUUAAUAAGCUCACAUCCGAACCCGGGUCUGUCAAGACGACUUCUACGAAACAUUGUGCUUCCACUGUGGUCUCUCGCGUCAUGGUCAGCAAAGGACAACGAACUGGAAGAGUAUCGUGCGCCGGCUGGAUUUCUAUUGCAUAUUAUUCUCCAACUUUCAGUUGACGGAGCCCAGCUGAUCCGCAUAGCUGAUAAUUUGAUGUCCACAAAAACCCACGGCGGGAGGCUAAUGCGAUGGAAAUAUACUAAGUCUCCACAAGGGGGUAUUCGCAUUGAGAAAGCUACUCCGGUGGAAGAUGAACAUAUGGGAAGACUCCUCCAUCUUAACACAGUUGUCGAUUACAAGUCGAUUGACUUCAAAGUUAAUGCAUUCUUGGAUGUUGUCAAGUUGGCUUCUACGAGCGAUGCAUUCGGCAUAUCAAACCUUUUUAUUGCAAUAUGUAGACGCUGGCUAGUUGAAGAGGAUGGUCUCGCCGCAUCAGAACUCGUAAUGUCGACCCCUGGAUCUCGCCCACCACGAAAUUACGAGGAAAAGAUAAUAGAUGCGAAACUGCUCCAAGGCCUCAUUGAAACUGUGCCAGACAGGCUCGUUGAGGAAUCCGGGCAAGUUCUGGAACUGAGCUGCAAUAUUCUCCUCCGAGCCAAUCGGAAAGAAGACAUGAAAAACGAUGAUACCGUCGCCAUAGCGCUGAGCCUACUGAAUAUGGUGUUCACUUCUCCAUCCUUCAAAGCGUCAUCCAUGAACCCAAGUUUCAUCAUUUCAAUAAAAGAAGCGCUCGCCGACACGGCGAAAGCACAAAACGAGUCGUCGACAACAGCCCAGAAUCUGUUAAUGUUGUUAGAUUUCAAAUUGAUAGAGCCAGACGCAUUCGAUGUUCCACCUCCAACGGUCUCCGAGCGGGUAUUAGAGGACAGGCGUGCUUACAAGCUAGCUACUGGCUAUAUUACGUCCCCAGACUCGCCGGCGCCUGUACGAGCGGAAGGGGUAGAUCUCUUGACAACAUUGAUAACGGGAAGGAGUCCUAUUCUCGAUGUCCCCGCGGCGAUGAUCCUGCUAUCAUCCCUUAUCCAGGACGAAGAAGAAUACAUCUACCUCCGAGUCAUCAAGUCUUUCAUUCAGCUAUCUAUAUCGCACCCAAAAUCCGUUUUGAACGGCAUCCUCGAGCGAUACUUCGACGCCAACGAAGAUCUGAGCCUUGACACACGCCUGAGGUUUGGUGAAGCCCUUUCGCAGGUUAUCGAAAAGGCAGGCGAGACAUUCACCGGAGACGUGGCCCGUCACGUAUGUGAGGGCCUCCUCGCACUCGCAGGUCGUCGGGGCUAUCGCCCUAAAUCACAAGAAGCGAAGGCUAAGCGUCGUGCGGCCGAGCAGCGCAAAAACAAGGCUGCUGAAGAUGCCUGGGGAGGCCCAGUGCCACAACUUGAUGAUAUAGCCGAGGAUCAUGAUCCUAACGUGGAUGCGAUUAUGAACCAGAUUGUUGAGGGCUGGGAGGGUACGCGUGACGAAGAAGAUGUCCGUAUUCGUGCCUCUGCGCUGUCUGUCUUUGCCUCGGCCAUUGACUCGAAUGUCGCUGGAAUUGGUGCUGCUAUUGUUGGUGGUGGUGUGGAUCUCGCAAUCAACAUGCUACCCCUUGAGCCGGAUCCUGAAAAGGCUAUUCUGCGACGUUCGGCAAUUACGGUCGUUAAUGCGCUUGUUAACGCUAUUAGCUCGGCGAGGGAGGCCGGCAAGGAUAUUGGUAUUGGAUUCGCAGGCCAGAGUCUGGCUGAUGUGAUGAGGAUAUUCCAGUAUAUAUCCGGGACGGAUAAUGAUGGGUUGGUGAGGCAACAAGCCAGAGAGACGCUGGAGCAGUUGAAUGAUUGGCAAAUGAAUGAGUUUUCUGGAGCCAAUAUUGACGGAAAUACAGGCCUCAACUUGGGGCUGCGGUUGGGGACACUAGGGGGUUUGUCUUUAACCCCGCGAAGUGCGGCUCCUAGCCCAAGCCCAGGCCCUGGCCCAAGGAUUGAGGAGAUAGAGUAGUUUAUGGUGGUGGGUGGUGGUAUUGACGAAAUUAUGCAGCCUACGUAUGAUAGCUGGAGUUCCAUGAAAGGAAUUACUACAACGAUUAGAGCAUGUCUACUCACG